AUGGGUGUGGAGAUGACUGACGAGGAUCAGAGUGAAAUCGAAGCCUUCAUUUUUGAGCACCUUCCAACCGAAAGCACCGAUUUGAUAUGGAGGGUUUACAAGGUUGUGCCCUUAACCUCACGUGCAUAUCCUUCUAAUAAUGACAAGCAAUUGAACAAUAAGAGAUUCUUUUUGCAGACAUUUGAAUGA